AGAGAUCGGCCUCGGCCUCCCCCGCGCCGGUCCGCCAGUCGACCCACUGGCGGCAGGUGCUUACCUGGUGCCCAGUCCUCCAGCGGUCAGGUCGUAUCCAAAAAGAAAAGCGACACCGACUUGGCCCAGGUGAUUCUUCGUUGGGGGGUUUGGAUGGGUUUUCUCAGGCGCUCAUAGAUGGAUCUCGGCAACCACCUGCACCCCCGCGUCUGUCAGCCAGUUUGAUUUGCGGCCCGCUGGGACCAUGUCUCACUUUUCAGCUUGCUUUUUCAAGCGAGGCUGCAGCGAGUUCGGCGACCAUAACCCGAACAUGGCAAGCCCCGCAUGCCUCUUGAUAACACACCUGAGAAACUGACUUCCACUCCUCCGCCUUCCCCAGGAUGUGGCACAAUUUUUAAUUUUUGUUUUUGAUCCGAACAUCAUUGUCGGGACUUGCCCGGCGGCCGUUUAGAGUGCUCAAACAUGCCUCGAGUCCAAGAUGAGGUCGCCCAGGCGGGUGGCUGGGGGCUAAACCUCGUGCAUGAUGGUUCGGGUGAGGGGGAUGCGAAACAGAAGUUGCGCCUUGACAUCGUCCUGGUUCAUGGGCUUGGUGGUGACCCGAACGGCAGUUGGAUAACCAAGAACGGGUUUCUCUGGGCCAAGAAUGCACUUUCGCCGUCUAUCCCCAACCUCAGGGUCUUUGUAUACGGAUAUUCCGGUACCCCCAAUAGUACAUGCAACAAAACGACGGCCCAGAGCAUCGCAAUUAAUCUCCUUGGUCUUCUUACCGACCACAGGGGCAAGCCACAUCUAGAAUCUCGCCCUCUGAUCUUGGCCGGGCACAAUCUAGGUGGAAACAUCAUCAAACACGUCCUUGUGGUGGGGAACUCUAGGCGCAGCUAUCGAGACAUCCGUAAUUCUAUCUGUGGGUUUCUCUUCUUCGCGACACCUCACAAGGGUCUUGAUGCACGCACGUUCAAUAAAUUCAUGAUGUUGAAUAAGCCCCGGGGCGUUCGGUUCCGCAACAACCCGCCAAGUGAACUGCUCGAGGAAAUGGACAGAAACUACAGGUGGACGGACAAUCUCUCGAACCUCUUUCGGAUGGUCGCCGAUGAUAUCCCCCAUCUCAGGGUCCUUGGCCUACUAGAGGGCGCCUACGUCCCUCGGAUGAAGGAAGUGAUCGUGAACGACGCCUCCGGCAGCCUGGAUUGGGCAAAUGAAACUGUAACCAAGCUGGACGGGGCAGAUCACAUCCAGAUAUGCAAGUUGGGUGGAGGUGAGUCCGAUACCGAAGCAACAAACAACGGAGUGCGCGUUCUGGCGCAGCAGAUCCACGCCAUCGUCACCAAUUGGCCUAAACCGACUACGCUCGAGGACAAAAACGGCCGCGCGCUGCAGCGGCUGGGUAUUUCCAAGAUGCAGCCUAGCCCGCGGCCUGUUGUACCCGCCGAGGGCACGUGCGAGUCAGCCGCUCAAGAGUGUUUUGAUAACUGGCCUGUUAGAGCCGAGGAUGGGAACUUCAGCACCCUCUGGGUCCGGGGGCCGGAAGGGUGCGGAAAGGCCCACCUAGCCAAACACAUGGCGGAGCGGUGGCGGAACUACAGACGCCCUAACUCUUCCGGACCCCAGCACCGGGCCAUCGUCGCGCACUGCUCGGUCAGUGACAUGGCCGCCCAGUACAGAACGGCCAGUUGCGUGGCCGUGUGCUGGCUCCGCGAGAUCCUCGAUGCCCAGCCGACGUCGGUCAGUCACCUGACGACCAAGUUCGAGAAAGAGGUUAAUGACUUCGGGCAAUACGUAUGCGAGUGGAGGGAAGCGCGCAUCGUUCACCUCUGGCAGGAAGUGAUCCUCGCUGUGGCCGACGAGGUGGACUUGGUUUUCGUCGUCGACGGGGUGGACAAGUGUCAUGACGCGCAGGCCGCCGUGCCAACUCUCCUCGACUGGGUAGCUGAGGUGGCCCUCAAAGCAGCCGAAAGUCCGCGUCGCAAGGCCCAAUUCCAGGUCCUAGUUUUCUCCAACGACUCAGAGGAGUUCCGCCAUCUGAACCAGAUUCCGGUGCACCAGCUCAGCACAAAAGGCUUCGAGAAUGACGUCAAGUGUGCCGUAAGAGAUCGCGUGAAGGCAAUCCUGCACAGGUAUGGCAAGGGUAAAGAGCCUGACGAAACGCGAGGUCCACGGCGUGAUGGAGAGGUCGGCGAGAACGCUGGCGGGGCGGGGGAGAGCGAACUCGAGAGGCUGCUCUGGAAGACGAUCUCGGGUGGUGAGGAGAAGACACAUCUGUGGGCUGCUGUCCUCGUGGGCGAAAUCGAGGCCGCCAAUUUCUCGGACAAGGCGGUUUUGAUCAAGUUCCUCGAUUUUCUCAACAAUAGCCCCGAGGGCGGCAAGUUCGAUGCGCUCUAUCGUAUUAUCAUCGAGCGAAUCUUCUCGACCGGCGGCGGGCUGGCAAGGCAUUCUCUCAACGUGCUUUUCUGGGUUAUGCACCAUAUUGGUGCCAUCAACGCAGAGGAAUUACAGACAGGGUGCGGCCUGCUCGACGCAGCCGGGUUCGCACAAGCUGAUUCAGGAGACGAGCCUCCUGAGAGGCACAUCCAGGAAGUGGACGUGGAGAGGACUCGCGUUCGUUAUUCCACCCUACGUUGGGCUGUUCAAAACUGCGGGGGGCUGAUCAAGGGCUGGCCUCGAGGGCUUUGCCUCAUUCACGACUCGUUUCGGAAGUUUUUCACAACCUGCAAAACCUCCAUUCACCAGCACUACCGCUGUUCCCAAGAACAUGCGGACAAGCUUAUUAGCCGCCUUUGCGGUGAGUAUCUCCUCUUGCCCCGCUUCAGCAAUGCCGGCCCCUCGGUAGCCGUGGUGACGGCGCAGGAGAGGAACGAAUGGGAAGAUAAAGUCCACAACCGUAUAAAGAAGAACAAAUUCGUGCGCUACGCAUCGCUGCGCUGGACUGAGCACCUCCAGAGGUCGGGAUCUCCGUUCAAACCGCGGCAUAUGAAGUAUAAGAAACGGUCGCGAUUCCAAAGGCUCUUCGACCCCGAGACGGGAUACAUGAGAAACUGGACUGAGGUGCUGUGGUUCUGGACUAAGUCCGCCGAAGGUGUGACAUAUCCCGCCAGGAAUUUCCCUUGGGAGCUCUUCGUCUGGAAAAAGUCCAAACAUUGGCGGCCUGAACCGAAGCUGCCGCGACUACCUCCCCCACAACCACCCAGCUCACCACCCAGCUCACCACCCGGCGCACAACCCGGCUCACAACCCGGAUCACCACCGGGCUUGGGAUAUUCGGAUGGCGAACGGCCUAUCUUAGACACCCGCUCUCCUGAAGCGCCGAAUGAGGGCAAAGGUUCUAAGGAAACAUGGUGGCGCAAAAAGCGGGUUUGGUUUGUUAUUGCGGCCCUCGUCGUCAUCGUCAUCGGCGGCACGGUUGGCGGCACCCUCGGGUCACGACGUUCUAGUUAAAGCAACGAAGGACAAGAGCCAAGGGCAGGACCAUGAGGACAGUUCUUC